CCCACACUCGGGGGGCCAAUCAGAUUGGCAAAAGGGCCGGAAACGGAUGGGGGCGGGAGCAAGCACUUCCGGAAAGCGGCGCAGCCACGGCCACCGCAAGUGUGGACGCUACGGGUUGAGCUGCGCUGGAAGAUGUUUUACCACAUAUCUUUGGAGCACGAAAUCCUGCUGCAUCCGCGCUACUUCGGGCCCAACCUACUUAACACGGUGAAGCAGAAGCUGUUCACCGAGGUGGAGGGGACCUGCACGGGGAAGUAUGGCUUUGUCAUUGCUGUCACCACCAUUGACAACAUUGGUGCUGGUGUGAUCCAGCCUGGCCGGGGCUUUGUCCUUUACCCAGUUAAGUACAAGGCUAUUGUGUUCCGACCCUUUAAAGGUGAGGUCGUGGAUGCUGUGGUCACUCAAGUCAACAAGGUUGGGCUCUUCACAGAAAUUGGGCCGAUGUCUUGCUUCAUCUCUCGACAUUCCAUCCCGUCUGAGAUGGAGUUUGAUCCCAACUCUAACCCACCCUGCUACAAGACAAUGGAUGAGGACAUCGUCAUUCAGCAGGAUGAUGAGAUCCGCCUGAAGAUCGUGGGGACCCGUGUGGACAAAAAUGACAUUUUUGCGAUUGGCUCCCUGAUGGAUGAUUACCUGGGGCUUGUGAGCUGAGUGUGUGGUCUCCUGCAUGCUGGCAAUCAGGUUGGGAACUGUGUGAAUCCAUGUGCUGUGGUUCCUUGUGCCCAGGAGAUGCCUUCCUGCUGUACUGCUGCUUGGGGGUGUCUAUGUAUUAUAAGCAUAAAAGGCUCUUGUUUUUCAUGCCAA